UGCCCCUUUUCUCUGCGCUUUCAAUAUACGUAUUCACCAUUGCAGCAGCUAUUUUAAGCUUGGGAGAAAGUUGAAACUUUUAAGAAGUACGAUGAAGAAUAAAACAAGUAAAGAGAAGGCUAAAUCUGUUGGUAUCGCCGAAGAUUUUCAAAUGGUGGAGAACUUAGUUGCAACCAAACAAGGGAAGAAAAAGGAUAAAUUAAGUAAGACGAAAAGAAAAAGUAAAGAGAAAAACGCUAGCGUUGGAACUGAUGAUAAGCUUGUUGAUGACAACGAAGUUUAUGCUCAAGACAAAUGUAGAAAAGAUAGAAAAAAGAAAUCAAAUGGUCAGUUGCUGGAAAAGAGUAUAGCAGCUCAAGAGGAUGGAGUUUAUGAAAUACCUUCUGGAGACGACGAUUGCUCAAAAGGAAUGAAAAAAUGGCUUACAGACUACCACCAAAGCAGGCCUGGCUUGAAGGUAUUGCAACAAAGGAUUGACGAGUUUAUAAUUGCAUACGAGGAAAAAAUUGAACAGGAAAGGAAAGAAAAAGAGGCUCGUCUUACGGAAGGGGGAUGGAUACUUGUUGAACAUCAUAAAGGAAGGAAAAAGACCACAGACUCCGAAAGUGGAACUACGGUAGGCUCUGUUUCCCAGGCUGCUGUGGAGGAGAAAUUAGCUAAGAAGAAGAGCAAAGAGGUCUCUGAUUUCUACCGCUUUCAGAAAAGAGAAGCCCAGAGAAAUGAACUUUUGACACUCCAAAGCAAAUUCGAGCAGGAUAAAAAGCGGAUUCAACAGAUGAGGGCCGCCCGAAAGUUUCGACCUUAUUGAGAUCAAGAGUUGAACCUAAUCUCUCUUUGAUGGUUUCAUCAUUGCUGCAUUUGCGAAGAUGGAACCCUGACUACCAAUUUGGUGCAAUUU